CCGUUUUGACAAUUCGGAGCUAUCGUUAUGCUAGCUUGUGUUAGCCCGAUAUAGCUAAUCACUGUUUUUUCAGGAUAUAGUUCAUUUAUGAGUUCCCUGUGUAAAAACAACCACAAGGCAACCGCUAUGCUUCUGCGAAUGUGAAUCUUUUAUGUGAUUUUUUUUUUUUUUUUUCCAAAGCGCUUCGUCUUACCGUGACGCUAACGGAGCUAGCUAAUGCUAGCAGGUUGGUUGACUAAGGCUUCUGUCAACGUACAGCUCCUAGCUGCCUCUUUAAACCUUUUAGCUUUAAAUGUGCUUGAGGAGUGGCCGGACGGACAUUUUUCAUGGUUUAAGCAUAUUUUUUCAACGCAUUCAACCCAAGUACUCCACGAAUGUAUUCCUUCCGUUUAUCUUAUAUUUCCGCUUGAUAGUUGCGUUGUUAACCAGCGCAAAAGGUUCGACAUCCCCACGGUCGAAAACUUACCAAAGUUUGAGUUAAUAAGGUAAAUAAUAACGCCAAGAAGUGAAACGCGAAUUAACAGAACAAAGUAAAAUUAUUAUGUAAAUUCCCGAGUAGAAAACAAUAUGUCAAAGGUAAGAAACAGUAAAACAAAGCGAAUGCCAGGCCGUGCAGUGGCGUUCAGCUCCGUUUAUAACCGCAAUGUAACACUGUCCACGGAAAAUGUUUUUGUUUUCUUCGUAAACGAUCCUAACUGUGAGUUACUGGACCUCUUCGGGGUCCUUAAACGUGUUUUGAUCUCACUGUAAAUCGAGCCUCUGCUCUUUUGACUAUGUCAUAUUUGAAGUAUCAGUAUUCAGGAAUGUGAGGAGGUAUUUCCAGGUGUUUGGGAGGAAUAUAGUUUGGUGUAGCCCAAACCUAUUACUGAUAUGGCUUUUUAAAUUAUUUUUUUCUUUUAUUCAUGUUUAGUUUCAUCUUCAGUGAAUUUCGCGUAUUUUUAUCUUUAUAUGGAGGGAGCAAGAUUUAAGUUCAGAAUAAACACAACACUUUGUGAUGGCAGCUGACUCAGUUAUGUGGAGAUAAGUGCCAAUAAAUGGGUAGUGAUUGAGCAACUCACAGUAGAACAAUUAUAUAAUGUUUUUGAGGCUUCAUUGCAAGUUAGGUAGUUAAGGUAAUUUAAAAUUUUAACAGCUAACUUUGAGCAGGUACAAUAUAAGCAUCUUUGUAGCAUAUGAUGUAAAUUAACUAAUUCUGUAUUUAGUAAAUAAUAGUUCCUACAGUUUAUCAUUAAUGGCACUGACACAUUGUGUUAGGUUAGGAAGAGGAAACCAUGGCACCAGCUGUGUUUCCAAGUACAGUCUACAAGAGGAUCCUCCAGCUGGUGUCAGUGGUGCCCCUUCUGAAAACAACAUCAUGGUGUGGAAUGCAGUCAUCUUUGGCCCUGAAGGAACUCCCUUUGAGGAUGGUACAUUUAAACUCAUUGUAGAAUUCACAGAAGAAUAUCCCAACAAACCCCCUACAGUGCGAUUUGUGUCAAAGAUGUUUCAUCCAAAUGUCUACGCGGAUGGCAGUAUAUGUUUAGACAUCCUACAGAAUCGUUGGAGCCCCACUUAUGAUGUGUCCUCUAUUCUAACAUCUAUCCAGUCCCUGCUUGAUGAGCCAAACCCCAACAGUCCGGCCAACAGCCAGGCAGCUCAGCUGUACCAGGAGAACAAACGGGAAUACGAGAAACGCGUCUCUGCCAUCGUAGAACAAAGCUGGAGAGACAGUUGACCUGAUACUUGUGAUUGCUUCUCUCCCUCCAUUGUUAAGCUGUGUGUACUGCAAGUUUUAGUGGAAUACCUCUUAAUUUUUUGACCCUCCCCUCUUUUAAUUUUAAGCUUUUAUGCACUUUACCCUCAACUUUCCAUCAUAAAACAUCUUGUUCCUGCCCGACAAAGAGGGCCUUUUUGUUUUUUCUAUUCUCGCCCCCUUUUAAAGUUCAUCAGGGGAAAUGUGCUGAAUCUUGCCUUGAUGUAAUAUCAUUGUGGACUUGAGGGCCAUUACUUAAAAUCCUGGUGUGUUCCAACUUGCUCUAAUAACUCCAUGAUUAAUUAUGUUUUGUGUCUCAAGAGGGUGCAUCGUUAAGUCAUGGGUCCUUUUCUGUUGUGAGCCUGAUUUGUUGUCAGUUUAUUUUCACAAGGCAGUUGGAUGAUGAGCAGCCGGAGCAUCAUGGACUACAACUAAGUCACCAUUACACCGUGUCCUUUGCUGUGUUGUGAACUGUUACAUGCAUGACGGAGUGUAUUCACUUUCCCGUUCACUUGUGUAUAUAAGAAACCUGCAACUUAAAUUAUGUACAGAUUUUGCACUGGUUGUCCCCCAUGUCACCUUUUCCAGUACUUGUAAAUAAAAAAAGGCAAAGUCA